AUGGAAAUUUCAGCAGGUAGCCACACCAUCGGCGACUCCCGGUGCACGAGCUUCCGCCAGCGCCUGUACAACCAGACGGGCAACGACCUCCCGGAUCACACAUUCACACGCUGCCCGCGCUCGGGGGGUGACCAGAACCUCUUCUUCCUCGACCCCAUCACGCCCUUCAAGUUCGACAGCCAGUAUUACAAGAACCUGCUAGCCUACUGCGGCCUGCUCAGUUCCGACAAGGUGCUACUCAUCGACAGCCCCGUCACCGCCGAGCUGGUCAAGCUCUACGCUGCCAACCAGGACAUCUUCUUCCAGCACUUCGCGCAGUCCAUGGUUAAGAUGGGCAACAUCUCGCCGCUCACCGGGGCCAACGGCGAGAUCAGGAAGAACUGCAGGAGGGUCAACCACAACCGAUCGGGAUCUCAGGUUGAUGAGUUUUCUUAA